AUGACACAUUUCGUCGCCAACAUGACAACGAGCACUCCUGCAACAGAUUCUACCAAGUUACCAAUCGAACAAUGUGAAAAUUAUAACAUAAACUCUAAUACAAAUAAUACUGAUGAAGGUGCAGCAGAACUUUCAUCAUACGAUCUUGUUUGUUUGGGUGUCGGUAGAGGUUCUACUGCUGUUUAUUCCAAUCAAACUAGUAGUUCGUUCGCACUGAUACGUCGUUCAACUGGCGAAUGUAUUCUACUUAUUGAUAUUGGUCUUGGUACAAUAUUUGCUUUCCAAAAAUAUCUUAAAACUACUGAAAUCAAACCUCGACAAGUAUUCGUUUCUCAUAAUCAUACAGAUCAUAGUGGAGAACUACCAGUAUAUAUAGGGAAUGAAGCUGCAAAAUCGAUCGUUCGAAUUUAUUGUUAUGCUAGUGUUCAACCUCGUUUACGUUAUCUUCGUUGUGCUGAACUCGAUUCAUCAACUACAGAUUUUUUUAAAAAUGUCCAAUGGAUUCUGUGUCAUGAAUUACAAGAUACUGAACUUGAUUCUGGAGAUUCCAAAUCAAAAUUGAAAAUACGUGUUCGACAAAGUCAACAUAGUGAACUAUGUGCUGGCUUUAUUCUUUAUGAAAAUGAUCAACCAAUUCUAGGUUUUUCUGGGGAUUCAGGUUUUAAUGCCCCAUUCUAUACAUUUCUUUUGACAGCACCAACAAUUCUAGUUGAUGGACGAAUCACCGCUAGUUAUGAGCAUGCUGGUUUCAAUGAAAUUUCAGACUUUUAUAUAACAAGAGCUGAUCAACGACGAGUUUUUGUAUAUCAUUAUGGUGUAGAAAAUGAAAAACCAACAUUUGCUGGCAAUUCGAUAUCAGCUGUAUCACCUGGUCAAGUUAUACAACUAUUGCUACCUACUGAUUGUUAA